AUGCGAGCUCGCACCGUUUCGGCCACCGGGCUGAUACUCACGCGACCGUCCUCAACAACCGUGUGCUCCCAAUGCCUCCGUGAAGACCUCCACUCGUCCUAUACUUUUAUCCAAUCCCGAAAAUAUCACCCAACACAACGGAAGGAUGCUUCGCCAUUUGGAGCUGCCGUGUCAGCCGCGCAAGCUAUCUUCAAGGGUCUGCCAAAAGCGCCUCCGGGAGUCUCGGUCGAUCCUUUACGCAUGGUUGGAAAGGAAUUGAAGUUUCUCAGCAAGAACAUCCGCCAAUUGCUGGGGUCAGGUCACCCGGCAUUGGAUAAAGUGGCGAAAUACUAUACACACAGCGAAGGCAAGCACAUGAGACCGAUGUUGGUCCUGCUCAUGUCACAGGCGACAGCGUUGGAUCCGCGGAAGCAAACGAAUCCCGCCAGCCCGAGCCCCGUCGAUAACCCGCUCAGCUCGCCAUCAAUCCUCGACGAUUCGAACCCCAACAUUAAUUCAGCGGUUUCCCAGAACGCCGAGAACAAGUACAACUUUGCUGGCGACGACAACAUCCUCCCCUCGCAGCGCCGUCUAGCUGAGAUCACUGAACUCAUCCAUACCGCCUCCCUCCUUCACGACGAUGUCAUCGAUAACGCCGUCACCCGCCGCGCCAACAGCUCGGCCAACUUAGCAUUUGGAAACAAGAUGGCGGUGCUGGCCGGUGAUUUCUUGCUUGGUCGUGCCUCCGUGGCUUUGGCCCGGUUGCGGGACCCAGAAGUCACCGAGCUGAUGGCCACUGUGAUCGCAAACUUGGUGGAGGGCGAAUUCAUGCAGCUGAAGAACACCGCUCAAGACGAGCCCAACCCGCAAUACACAGACGAGACUCUGGCCUACUACCUGCAGAAGACCUACCUCAAGACUGCCAGUCUGAUCAGUAAAUCGUGUCGUUCUUCCGCCGUUCUGGGUCGCAGCGCCCCAGAGGUCAUCGAGGCUUCCUACCAGUAUGGUCGUAACCUGGGUCUUGCGUUCCAGUUGGUGGAUGACAUGCUGGAUUACACCGUUACCGAGGCUGAGCUAGGCAAGGCUUCCGGAGCUGAUUUGGAGCUUGGUCUGGCCACCGCCCCAUUGUUGUUUGCUUGGAAGAGCAACCCUGAACUUGGACCGUUGGUUGGCCGCAAGUUCGGUCAGGAAGGCGAUGUGCAGCGGGCCCGUGAGAUCGUCUACCGCAGCGAUGGUGUGGAGCAAACCCGCCGUUUGGCUCAGGAAUACGCCGAUAAGGCGGUUGAGGCCAUCAGCGACUUCCCUGACUGCGAGGCCAAGACAGGGCUGAUCGACAUGUGCGACAAGACCAUGCGGCGACGCAAGUAA